AUGGAAGAGAACCUGAAGAGCCAGGCAUCUGAAGUAAGGGAAGCUCUGAGUAGCAGGAUCAGCAAGAUACUUGGGAAUUCAUCUGAAAUGGGUGUCCUGAAAGAUGGGCAAGUGGUAACUAAGCUGUUGCAUAAAGCCAGAAUGAGAAUAUCAGUGCACCUCCAGAUUUGCUUGGCAACGCCGGAUCACACUACAUUUACCGAUACAUCAAUUUCAGAAUAUGAAAUUGAUCGGGCCGCACUAACUAUUGCCCAUGCAAUGGUCAAUCCCAGGUCAACUUGUCUCAACCGAAUUGGGAUGGGUCAGCAACCUCUGAACCGGAAAGGCUCAAGAAGUACUUCCCUGAGGCAGUGCUCAGCAAAAUUUCAACUCCGGCCACCCUUGUGGACAGGCAUGGCAGAAUCUCGAUGCUUACGGGAUUCUCUUCUUGACACCCUGCCGCCCAUUUCGGAUCAAAAGAAAAGUUGGCGAGAUGAUGGCUUUGUGCUGCCAGAGGGAGGGGGCGAAUUUGGGGCUGAUCCUCUGGUAAUGUCUGAGUCUUACAACUCAAAGAAGGUCCAACAAUGGCUAGGUGCCUUGACAACUUCAGAACUUCUAUGGAACUCCAUUACUGCAGCAGUGGCACCAGACCUUUUUGAAUCAGGCUCCUCUGCAUUUUCCAAGGUUGUCAAGGAAGUUCGGAGGCGAAAAAAGAAUUCGGCUCCGGUGGAUUCUUGGCCCUCUAUCUUUUCAGGGUUGGAAAUCAUUGCCAACCGAACAACCUUCAGCCACAGAGAUCCUGGUGGAUCUCCUUCACUUUUUGAUCUUCUAGUCAGUUUAGGUCGAAACCAUCAUGCAACUCUUUCUUUGGCCGAUGUCCAUGCAGAGCUAGACUAUUCCCCUGGUGCAAUGGUCUACAUUGCCGGUAGGGUACUGGAGCACUCUACUCUCGAUUUCAUGAGCUCACAAAUCACACUGAGGAAUAGAAAAAGGGUCAGAGUCCAGCCAUCUUCAUCUGGAACUGGCCCAUCAAAGAGAAAAAGAGGGGCUUAUAAAUAUGCAUAUAUCCCUUCAAAAACUCGGAGGGGAAAAGAUUCGUGGAAAGAAGCUAAUGCUUCAUUUGUCUAUGAGGACUCUGAUAGUGAGAUAGAAGUGGCUUCACCAUCAAAACAAAUCAGGCACCACCAUAUUGAAGAUCAUAUACCACUGGAAUACAACCGAGAGGUUCAUGGUGAUUUUUGGAUGGGAGGCUUGGAUGGUAUGAAAAGAAAAACAAAAGCCCAAAAUGAUUUCCUUCGAGAUUAUUUGCCUUGGCGUACUGAAUAUCUUUCAGUGUUAUUGGACUUAGAGCAGCUGGUCAACAAUGGGAAAUGCAAUGAUUGUGGAGAAGGAGAGGGGUUGAUCCGGUGUUUGUCUUGCUCAGGAACACGUGCUUGGUGUCCUUCUUGUGUUCUUAAAGCUCAUCAACACAACCCCUUCCACAACCUUCAACUCUGGAAUGGCAGGUUCUACGAGACUACUACCCUGCAGGCUCAAGGUUAUAUAAUGUAUCUUGGCCAUGGGGGGGAACCUUGCCCCAAUCUCUCACAUCAGCCGGACCCAUCUCCCUGGGAAGAUCUCGGGUCCAUGGAAGAUGUAUUUGCACAGGAGGAGGGGGAUACGAUUAAUGACACGCAGUUAGGAGUAUCUAACCUGGUCAUUGUGCACUCUACUGGUGUUUACUCACACAGUGUAUCAUGGUGCCAGUGUCCUGGAGCUGAGAAGGCACAUCAUCUCGAUCUCAUGAAAGCAAGGUUAUUUCCUGCCAGUCUCACUCGCCCUCAAUCUGCUUUCACAUUCGAUGUCUUGGAUAACUUCCUCAUAGAUGCUUUGGAGUGCAAGACUUCAGCCAUGAGUUUCUAUCAAAAGCUCCGUCGGUUCACAAACAACGCAUUCCCUGAUAAAAUACCGGAUAAAAAGGACCGAUACCGUGAGCUUAUGCGAGUGUCACGUAUAUGGCGGGAUUUGGUCAAUAGAAAAAGGUUCGGGUUUGGACAUGACACGGAACAAUCCCCUGGUCCAGGGGAUUUAGCCCUUUAUUGCCCAGCAUGUCCACAACCUGGAAUCAACUUGCCAACGUCUUGGAGAUAUGACUAUGAAGAUAUGUCGCUCAUUAUUGCACAACAUAUGAAAAUGAAAAUUCCGGAAGACGAUGUUUCUCUAGCAGAUGGAAAGGGUUACAUGUGGUGGACUUCCAAAAUGGAGAGCGUCAGGCACAUGAACAUGGACUAUUCCAUUUGUAAUGCAGUUAAAUAUACACCCGAACCUAUUGGCAGUACACUCAUCAUCUAUGAUGUUGCAUGUCAGUGGAGUAUUCACUUUGCUGAACGGGUGGACCAGAGCUAUCAUCUGUCCCUUCCCGAGGGGACCAAAAUAUUACCUGCAGUUGGCAAGUUUCAUUUGAGCGCACAUAAGCUUCAAUGCUUUGCUAGGUUCAGCCUGAAUUUUAUGACCAGAGCCGGGCAUAUUGAUGGGGAAAUAUUGGAGACACUCUGGGCUCCUUUCAACAAGAUUUCCCCUACUGCAAGAUCCAUGUCUUUGGCUCACCGAAAGGAAGUAUUGGAUGACCAUAUGCGGGAUUCCAAUUGGAAGAAGCUGGGUAUUAGUGACACUCAGGGUCCAUAUGAGGAAUUAACCAGAUCACUUGACUUGGAUGAUGUUCAGGAGUGGAAAAAGGCAGCCGAAAAAGCGGCUCAGGACCGUGGAGAGCUUCUUGACAUCUAUCAGCUUAAAAUGGACAAAGCACCCUCUAUGGCUGAAAUACGUCUCAGAUUGACUGAAAAUGAACUAUCUGCUAAUGGUAGGACUGGGUCUGUUGCAUGGUUGAUCGAGGGUAUAAAUAUAGAAAAUUCUCAAGAUGCCUUGAGAUUGUCUAUAAGGCAGCUGCCCCAGGAUCUGACUGCUUCCCAGAGAACCGGGAUCGAAGAAAAACGGCAAAAGCUCAUGGCACAGAUUAUUAAGUUCCAUGAGGCUGCAGAGGUCAUGACUAAUGGUAUGGAAUUGAAGGGAGGUGAAGGAGCACCACUGGACAACCCUGAACUGUGCCUGGAGGAGGCUGACAUAUCCAAUAUGGAAGAUCCAGAGGAAGAGGACAUUUUGGACUUUGACGGUAAUAUUGACUCACCUGCCGAAGUCACCGAGAUUUGGAUGCCAUCAUGGGCAGCCUCUGGUCACAUCAUGGAUGAUGUUGUCUUGACAUUACGUCAAGAAGAACUCGAGCUUCAAAAGGGUCAAGCAAACGACUGCCUGGAAAAGCUUCGUCAAGCCCUGGGUGAUAGAUCAGUCGUCUUUCGGGAGAAAAUACACUCCAACAAAUCAGUCCAUCACCAGGGCACUAGAUCUAAAAAGGAACUCCAAACGAUAACUCUCUCCAUCAACAGACAUGCAAGAGGUUACAGCCGGGCAAGGGCUGCAAUGCUCUGCCUAGGGGCUGACUCUGAUACAGUGGCAGUGUAUCAACCCCUAAAGCCUCAGGACCUAGUGGAGGACAGUCAGAAGAACGUAUGGAUGAAUGAGUUUUAUCGUGUGAAUUGGUUGAAAGCUAAAGCACGGUAUGACCAUUGGUCAGAAGAACUGAAAUUGGUACAAUAUGAAAUGUUUUGGACCAUAUCCUGGUUUCGGACACAGGAGGAGAGGUGGAGAGUUCGGGCAGAUGAAAGCAUCAAGAAUGGGAAUAGGGCAUAUGCUGAGAGGCAGGCAUCUAUGUGGGCAGAAUUUUCAGCUCAGGGCCUCAAGAAUUUUGAAGGAAAAUUACUUAUAACAAGUUGA